AUGAAAGACAACGAAUUUGUUGGGGGAAAGCUAAAAUUGAAAGGAAUAAAAGUAAAAAAAAAUGGAAAUAAAAAAAGUGAUAAAAAAAAACACACAAAAAAUGAUGAAGACAAAUAUGAUAUAAAAAAAAAAACAGAUUAUGAUCAUUCAGAUAAAGAAAAUAAUUAUAAUAGUAAUGAUGAGAAUAAACCUGAAAUUAAUUUCUCAAACGACGACAAAAAUAUACAAGAAUUAUUACAAUUAAAUUUAACGGAAUCGGAAAAAGCUUAUCAAUUAGUUUUAAAAAAAAGAGAAAAACAAAGAAUGGAAAAUUUUUUAAAAGAAAGUUAUCGUAAAAGAUUACAAAAGUUUAAUGAUAAUUUAGCCUCAUUAAGUGAGCACUUUGAUAUACCCAAGGUUGGCCCAGGUUAA